AUGGCGCCAACUGUCGCUCGAGCUAUCACUUUUAAUUGGAUUGCAAGAUUCGGAACGCCCGAGACAAUCACUUCCGACCAAGGUCGUCAGUUCGAGCCCGAGCUAUUCCGGGAGUUGACAUACAUCUUGGGAUCACACCACAUUCAUACAACUGCGUAUCAUCCACAAGCCAAUGGAAUCGUUGAACGAUUCCACCGUACCUUAAAAGCAUGUUUAAUGUGCAAAAAAGGAAAUCGCUGGGUUGCAGAACUACCGAUUGUCUUGCUUGAACUAAGGGCUGCAUAUCGCGAGGAUCUCAAGUGUUCUUCUGCAGAGCUUGUAUACGGUCAGGCCCUCCGUAUACCGGGAGAGUUUUUCGAUCCUCCUCCAGUUAACGUAGACCGCACGGACUUUUUACAUAACUUGCAACGUGCUCUGGCUAAACUGCGCGUCCCCACAACGACUCAUCAUGCUAGACCAUCGGUGUUUGUGCACAAGGACCUCGAAACGUGCACACACGUUUUCGUCCGUAUUGACACAGUGAAACGUUCGUUGCAGAGGCCUUAUGAGGGACCAUACAAAGUUAUUGCCCGCGGGACCAAAUAUGUGGAUGUAUCAAUUGCCGGUAAACAACAAAGAAUUUCUAUUGAUCGAGUAAAACACGCAUUCGUCUGCGAUAGAAAUGUUUCGGAUCAUCCUCACGAUGACUCGCGUACGAUAGUUACGCAAUCUGGACAUCGUGUCCGUUUCUUGACGUAA